AUGGCCGAGGAAUAUCAGGUAAGAGUCGCUGGGAAAGGAGAAGAAGAAACUGGAGAGAGAAAUCAAGAUACUCUCCCUCCCAAAUUAAUACAUCAAACUCCGCCAUGCUCUCGAGAAAACCCCCAAAAUGUCCUGGAAGAUGGAACACAAAAUGAAGAAUCCCAAAAUCCCGGACCAGACCUUGAACAAUUAGCACCCGUCAACACCGGGCCAGUAUACUCAGCCUUCGGAGUUUGGAAAAAAAGAUACAUCGUCCUAAUGGUCACUUGGGCAGCAUUUCUCUCCCCAACUUCAGCAAACAUAUAUUUCCCCGCUCUCAAUUCCCUAAAAGUUGACUUGAACGUCGACACGAAACUCAUCAAUUUAACGCUCACCUUUUAUAUGAUAUUCCAAGGACUGGCGCCAACCAUUUUUGGGGAUUUGGCAGAUAUGGCGGGACGAAGACCCGCGUAUAUCUUGGCUUUUGUCAUUUACAUGGGUGCGAAUAUUGGUCUUGCUUUACAGGAUAGUUAUGCGGCGCUUUUUGUUCUAAGGUGUUUGCAGAGUACUGGGAGUAGUGGUGCGAUUGCCUUGGGAUAUGGGGUUGUGGCGGAUAUCUCGUCUAGUGCUGAACGGGGGAAGUAUAUGGGCAUUGUUGGAGCCGGGACAAUGAUGGGACCAGCUCUUGGUCCUGUAAUUGGAGGACUUCUGGCGCAGUUUCUGGGAUGGCGAUCUAUAUUUUGGUUUCUAGUUAUUGUUUCUGGAUGCUUCCUCAUCCCAUUCAUUCUCACAGUCCCAGAAACAGGUCGAAAUGUUGUAGGAAACGGCUCAAUUCCCCCACAAGGCUGGAACAUGACCGUCCUCGAAUGGUGGAACCUCCACCAAAAAUCCAAAUCCAUCUCCGAGCUCUCACGAACAGUCAGCGCCGAGGGACGUCGUCUCCAACAAGCAGAACUCGCACGAAAACGCAAACUGCGCUUCCCCAACCCGCUCAAAACAAUCCACAUCAUCAUGGAGAAAGACAUGGCCGUGGUACUAAUCUACAAUUCCCUGAUCUACACCGCAUUCUACGACAUCAUCGCUUCCAUCCCCGAGCUCUUCCAGGAAAUCUACCACUUCAACGAUCUCCAAAUCGGACUUUGUUAUAUUCCCUUUGGAGUAGGCUGCGCCAUUGCCAGUUUCGCAAACGGCAAGAUGCUCGAUCGAAACUACAAGCGAGUAGCAAAACAAAUAGGCUUCACCAUAGACCGCAAACGCGGCGACGACCUGCGUCACUUCCCGAUCGAAAAAGCUCGCUUAGACCUCAUCUGGCCGCUUCUCAUCUUCGGCCUGGUCUGUAUCCUAUGCUACGGCUGGGUCCUCGAGAAGAACGUCAACCUCGCCGCACCACUCAUUCUUCAAUUCCUGAUCGGUCUCACUGUCAAUGGCUCGUUCAAUAUCCUCAGCACGUUAGUGGUGGACUUGUACCCGCAAAGUCCUUCCACAGCGACGGCGGCGAAUAACCUUGUUAGGUGUUUGGUUGGAGCGGGGGGAACGGGUGUUAUCAGUUUGAUGAUUAGGGGGAUGGGGAGGGGGUGGUGUUUUACGUUUAUUGCGCUCGUUUGUAUGGUUACCAUGCCAAUGCUUUGGGUUGAGUUGAAACAGGGUCCUAGGUGGAGGGAGGAGAGGAGGGUCAGGCUGGAGAAGAGGGAGAGGGAGAAGAGGGUGGUGGGGGCGAGAGCGAUGGGGUUGGAGGAGAGUGAGAGUGAGGAUUCUCGUGCUGCGAGUGGGGAUGUUGAUAUUCCUGAGAAGGACGAGGAGAAGGUUUGA